AUGUCUGUGAAUUGGAUGGCCCAGGAUGGAAUCACGCACAAUGCCCUCAUGAGCGCCUUUCACCAAGGCUCCCAGUGGCACCACGCCUUGGCGCUCCUGGCAUCCCCUGCCCUGGCGUCGCGCACCGCAGUGACCUGGAGCGCUUGCAUCAGCGCCCAGGAGGCGAGCCGACGGUGGCAGAUUGCCCUGGACCUUCUCGCGGCGAUGUGCGAAGAGGUGGGCGGAAGCACCAUCGGCUACAAUGCCUGCAUCAGCGCUUGUGCGACGGCCCGACAGUGGCCCAGGGCCCUGCUGCUCCUGGAGGCCAUGCCAGCUAGCCGCCUGCCGCUGGACUCCGUCAGCUUCAACGCCACUCUAAGCGCCUGCGGCGAGGGGGCACAGUGGCAGCUUGCACUGGGGCUCUUCGACCGGAUGGCGCAGGAGCGGGUCGCUCGCGAUCUUGUGAGCUUCAACGCUGCCAUGGACGCCUGCGCCAUGGGUGGUGAGUGGAGGGCGGCGGCUGCGCUGCUCCAGCGCCUCGGGGACUCCCGUGCUGAGGCCAACCUGAUCUCCGUCAACACGGUCCUCGCCGCCUGCCACCGGGGCUCUGCGUGGGCGGAGGCGCUGGCGCUCUUCGCGCAGCUGCAGCGCCGCGGGCUGCGACCGGACACUCUGACGUACAACGCGAUCAUGAGCGUUGCCCACAAGUCGGCCCGGUGGGCCUUGGCGCUGGAGAUGCUGCACGGCCUCCACGGGCAAGGCCUGCAGCCCAACGAGCGAAGCGCCGGUGCGGUGGUGAGCGCCUGUGAGAAGGCAGAGCAGUGGGAGUUGGCCUUGCAGCUCUUCCAGGACUUCGGGCGGGCGGCCGUGCGGAGCUCGCAGGUGGUUCACAACGCGGCUCUGAGCGCCUGUGCCAAAGGCGCGCAGUGGGAAGAUGCGAUGUCCCUAUUUCGAACGGGUCUGGCGUCCCUGGAGCCGGACGAGGUGUCGCGCAACUCCCUCCUCUCUGCCCUGGCCGCCGCCGCGCGGUGGGAGGACACCUUGCUGCUGCUGCACCAGGGCGGCCCCGCCGACCGCAUCGGUUUGCACACGGCCCUGGAUGCCUUCGCGCGGAGCGCUCGCUGGCGCCAUGCGCUCUUCGUGGCGUGCCACCAUGGCCUUGGCACAGACGUCGCAUUGCAAGCGGCAUUGGCAAGCUGCUUGCACGCCGGGCACUGGCCACCCCUGCGCCGGGUCCCAGGGCCAGGGCCACUGAAAGGGCAGGUCCAGGCCCUCCGGCGUCGCUUUGACGCCGCCUUGGCCGCUGGGCGAAUAGACGCACCCAUCCUGGUUGCACCGCCAAACUGCGAGCAGCUGAGCUCCUUUGCACGAUCCGCUCUGCGGACCGCGCGGAUCGAGCGGGACGGAAAACGCCACGAUCGAUUCUGUGACAAGCAGGCAGCAAAAGCAGUGGCUGCAAGACGAAGAACGAUGGGCACACAUCAGGGCACCUUUGUAGAUGGGGCGCAGCAAAUUCCUGGCUGCGAGGAUCUGUGCGAAGUCCGCAAGCGCCAGCUGGCUGCGCUGGAGGCGGUGAAGGCAGGAGCCGAGAAAGCCGCAGCGACGGCCGCUGCCCGACAGGAGAAGGCCGACAAGCAGCUGGCUGCCAAGAAGGCAGCUGCAGAAAAGGCUGCAGAGAAGGCUGCGGAGAAGCACGCGCGAGCAGAGAAGGCAGCUGCAGAGAAGGUCGCAAGGAAGCAGCGCAAGAAGGAAGACAAAGCUGAGACCAAGGGCGCCGCGCCGCAAGGAAAGGCGAAGGCGGCGCCAGCGCCAGCAGCUAAUCAGGGUAAGCCGAGCCCAGAAUUGGUCAAGUACAUCGACUCAGGCCCAGCCGCCGGCUGGCAUGUGAAAGGCCGGAAGUAUCCGAGCGCCAUAACGAUGUGGGUGCUGCCGCCCAACAGCUCCGUGUGGCUCUCCCGGAGCCAAGCCAUCAAGGAGUCGGAGGGGAAGGAUCCUUCGGUCAUCGAGGCCGUCGACCGAGUGAGGUGGAACGUCCAGCAAGAGCUGAAGGGUGAGCUCCCCCCUGGCGGCGGGAGCAGGAAGAAGCUGCGCCUAACCUACAGCGAGGCAUGGGGCAACACCUUUCUGGUUGCGCCUGCUGGCAUGGGAAUGGAGGCAGGCAACGAAGUAUCGGACUCCGCUGCCCAAGAAGUGCUCGCGAGCAUCGUGAACGCUUUCGCCUCUUGCAGAUCAGAGAAGAAAGUGAGUAAGAGAGUCAGCGAGCGCCACAAAGUACCAGAACAGAGGUUUGGGUUAAAGCCUGUAUGA